AUGGACGGGUACGGUGGAAAUUACCGUGGUGCCGGUAGUCAUGUACACACCACCGCCAUGUAUUUACAGCUGGGCGACUUUUUGAACCUGUGCUACCCCCCGCCAAUGAUACUCCUCGGUUUCUUGGGAAACCUUUUGUCGGGCUUGGUCUUCAUGAGCAAACAGAUGCGAGUUAGGAGCUCCAGUUACUAUCUGGCGGCUCUCGCGUUCGCCGAUAUUGGUUUUCUCUCGUGGUUCCUGAUCAACUGGUUGAACUUCUAUCUUAGCUUAAGGGUCUUUGACUGGCCUGGAUUCUGCGAGGUUGCGAUAUACAUACGCUCGGUCUGCGUGAGCUUGAGCGCAUGGCUAAAAGUCGCCUUCACUGUCGAGCGUUUCGUCGCUGUCCUGUACCCACUACACCGGCCGCAGAUCUGCACUGCUCGUCGGGCCCAACAUAUAGUUCUGACGUUGGUGGCUCUCGCCCUCGUAAGUCACUCGUAUUGCAUCGUCACCUUGAAUCCUGUUAACUUCGACCCCUGGAUCACCAUGUGCAAAACGAAGAAUAAUUAUCUUAAAACGAUGUACAUCGUCAAUAUCGUCAACGACCUCGUUAACCUCGUCGGGCCCAUCGUCCUCGUCGCCGUCAUGAACACCUGCAUCUGGUUGAAGUUUUCGCGCUCCGGGAAGCCCUUUGCCUAUGGCCAUCAGCAGCAGAACUUGGAGCUUCAGAGCCAGCCACAGCAGAUGCCACAGGGCAGCCAAAUUUAUAACAUACCAAAAUCGGUUUCCUCCACCACCCAAAUCGGACCGUCGUUGCAGGACCUUGAAUCCACGUGCAACGAGCAUAACACAACGAAAAUGCUACUCCUCGUCAGCACCGCAUUCGUCAUACUCGGUUUACCGAGAUACUUGACAAAUCUGAAACUGUUUGUCUCUUGGUAUGGGCCCAUGCAGGUCUUGGAUUUUCAGAUAAUAACCAUGAUUCUCUACUACACGAAUUUCAGCAUCAAUUUUUUUAUCUACUUGAUGUGGGGAGUCACGUUUAGGAGGUGCCUGUGGCAACUCUUGUGCUGUUAG